UGUAGAGGCCUUGGAAAAAUAGAAAAGAAGAAGAAAAAUGGCCCAGGUAAGCCGUAAAUGUGUGGGUGUAUGGGAAAAAAAAGAAACAUUGAAGAGAACAGGAGAGAACCAAGGUUCGUGGUUGAAGCGGCCAUUACAUACUCGCAGCCUCAGUCUCCCGUCAGCUGCGCACGGUGUCACAGGUGGAUUUCACCGUCUCUGCUCUCUGGCCCCAACGCAUCGUAAUCACCUCAACAAUUGGUCAACUUAUACCAUUCUCACAUUUCUAUUCCCUCUCUUCAUUUGUAUUUUGUGAGAGUGCGUGUUGGUCGCAUCGUGACGUGAUUUCGACCCCCGGAUGAUUUCAGUGUUAAAAUGAUGGGGAAUUCAGCCACAUCACGUUGGGUAUAUUUGACCGUCGGCCUCAUCGUAAUGGCUGAAUUAGUGACGGUCAGCGGCCGUGGCCACAUCGACUACCCAUCAUCGUUCGGGCCUAAAGAGCGAAGGAAACGUCAAGUUGAUCAAAAUGACGCGUUCAGUCUGCUUUCGUCAUUGAGCCGACCGGCUGGCGGGACUCCCGCCACUCAGGCUUCAAAUGGUGCUGCUACUGGGAAACAAUUAGAUUUGAAUAACAACGCAUUCGGAGGUCUAAUUGGCGGAAUCUUCAACCAAGCGUUGAGCAAUUUGGCCCGUCCUGCAAACAACGGUGGCGGAGUAAAUUCAGGUUUGGGUAUCUUCGGAAAUCCGCAGGCCUGGGCCAACUUCGGUGCUAAUCCACAAGGCGUUCCGUUUCAGCAGCAGCCAGGAGGAGGAGGUGGAGACGUCAGUUUUCCUGGAAACAGACCAAACAAUUUCUUCCCUGGCAGUCCGGAAUUUUGCCGUCAACGACCGAAUAGUCGGAGAUGUCGUCCGAGUCCCGAAAUUGAUCAUGGGCAUGGACACGGCGAAAUUUUUUCAACUCACUCUCCUAUUGCCAACUUGCCCCAUGAACUCAAAGGUCUCACCUGGGCACAGUACAUCGACAGCACAUCGACGCUGUGGCUGCCAUCGGGCACCAACGUCCCAGGAUUCAUUCCCGGCCGGGCAUAUUAUCUUGGAUUUGGCAACCCGGAUUUCGCCUAUCAAACAUGUUCGACUCCUCUGAGUCAGUCUGGCCGGUGCCGCUUCGUCCAGCACUGUGCCCGGCAAGAAAUUAUAGCUACGUUGAAUGCCUUCGUCAGUUAUGCUUGUCCCAUCGGCAGCGAUUAUAUGGGAGUGUGCUGUCCAGACAAUACCCAGCCAACCGUUCCAUCAACUCGGCCUCCGCCUCCACCUCCCCCUACACCCGCUCCUACUACCCUAGCGCCCAUUACGACCGCAGCUCCAACUACUAAAGCCCCUAUUGCAACCACAGUCGCAGCAGUGCCGACUGCUGCCGCACCCAAGAAAGGUUGCGGCGAGCUCAUGAAACAGACGACAAGGAUCGUGGGCGGAGUUCCGGCCGAUAAGGGCGAAUGGCCUUGGAUGGCUGCUCUCCUCCGUGACAAGACUGAUCAGUAUUGCGGUGGAGUCCUCAUCACAGACCAACACAUUCUAACUGCCUCCCACUGCGUCGACAAUUUCAAGCCAGAGGAGUUGACCGUUCGACUGGGCGAAUACGAUUUCAGUCAGGUGAGCGAGGCUCGCCGGGAUUUCGGUGCGGAAGCCAUCUACAUGCACGAAUCGUACGACCGGCGAACCUACAAGAAUGAUAUUGCUCUCAUCAAACUCAAGACGAAGGCCACGUUCAACAGCGACAUUUGGCCCAUCUGUUUGCCUCCGUCAAAUGUUGUUCUCGAGGGACAGAGCGCAUUUGUCACAGGAUGGGGAACGACGUCAUACAGUGGACAAGCUAGCGAAGUCCUGUUGGAAGUAAUCCUACCCAUUUGGGCCCUGGCUGAUUGCCAAAAGGCUUACACUCAGCCAAUCAGUGAGCAACAGCUAUGUGCCGGAUACAAAGCAGGUGGCAAGGACUCUUGUCAGGGUGACUCUGGCGGUCCGUUGAUGUAUCAAAUGUCUACUGGCCGAUGGGCGGUAGUGGGCGUAGUCUCUUGGGGCAUCCGCUGCGCAGAGAAAGACAAGCCGGGCGUGUACACUCGAGUGACUUCCUAUUCAGACUGGAUAAAGGCCAAAGUUUUGUCUUAAAGAAGAAUUCCGACAGUCACAAUACAUUACUAAACUCUUCCGCUUGCUGCUUCAAACCGGACUACGCAUUUAGCGCCAGCCAUCGAUCGACGGUUUUUUACUAUUAUUAUUAUUAUUAUUAUUAUUUUGGCUUCCACUUCAUUUCAAGUCGCCAAUCACGGGAACUUCACUCUUUUCUUUCAUCUGUCCUUCUUUCCAUAGCGCAGUCGUUGACUUCUUCUUCCGUUGCAUUUAAACUUUUUGGUCACCCGCGAAGGAAAACGUCAGCCGGCUGCGCCUUUCCACACUCUUCUGCCAAUACCUUUCUUUUUUUUCCACCCUCUAUAUAUAUAUAUUCAAUGAAAUCCGUUCGAAAAAUCCGUAAAGUUAUUGCAUUGUGUCAAACCAGUUUAUAUGAGAAAGGGUUGCAUUACUCGUGAAAUUACACGUUUUGUUGUUGCCAAACAACUACGAUA